AUGCCACGGAAGCGCGCGAGGGAAAGUGAGGAAGCCCCGCGGCCGCCUCGCCUCCCGUCGCCACUUCCUUCCGAUCUGCCAGCAAUGCCGCCCCCGCCGUUCGCCUCGGCUCCUGGUUUGCUGCCUGCUAUCGAGCCGGGCGAUGCGCCCAGGGAGUCCACCGAUGCCCUGACCGUUGCCGACGCGCCUCUGUCCGUGACGCCCAUGUCGACUUUGCCGUCCGCGCUCAAUGCUCCGUCGUCGCCCGUGUGGGCCCCGCCAAUGACGCUUGAUGUGUCAAUGACUCAACCCGACGCCGAGCGGCAAAAACUCGUCCCCGAGCUUCGCGCUUUCAUAGAUGAGCAUGUUCGCGCGCAAAAUGGCAAGGUGCUGGUGACUCUGCAGAGAAUUACAAGCAUCUACUAUGCUUUUGGCAAGCAUAUCGGGAAGCAGAAGCUAGUGGAAAGGUUUGGUUUUCCUCUUCUCGUCGUCGAGGGCGGGGCUACGGUCAACUACGAGGGGCCCGUGCGCGCGCAGAGAGAUGCCAAGCGGUUCUGGGUCAACGUUGACAUCGUCCUCCAGCGCCACGACCUCUGUACUGCUGUGCGCAUGUCGGUCGGACUGCCGCGAUACACGUUGGUUUAUGACAAGAAGAAGAUGGGUGGUCGGGACGGUACAUGUAUGCACUACCAGGCACUCAUCCUGUUUUCAGAUUUACAGAAGAGCACCGAUCGUCGGGUACAGGAGGCAGUCGAAGGCUGCAUAAAUACUUUUACCAAGCUGACCAAGGGCAUGCGGUGCGAGAACCCGCCCGUGCCGAGCGAUUGGAUGCUGUGUACGAACGGCGUUUCUACAAAUGUGUUGACUAGGGUCAGCACUUCCCUCCUCGAAAACUACAAGUUUGCCAUGUUCCAGGAGUUCCGAGGUGCCCGAGCAAUUGAGUUUCCGCCGUGUGAUCCGAGAGGGCAUCCUUGGACGAAAGACACCAAACACGCAGUGAUGCGCAAUGCGGCGCUCAACGCGUCAGCAGGAUCAGCUUCAAUAUCCGAGGAGUUCAGGAUUACCGAGAACUGUGGUACGACGGGCAAAUAUCAAGGACGACCUGGCCACGCUGGCAACGAUCCCCGAUGA